CGAAUUCAUCCAUAUCGCAUUAUAUAUGUACAUCUUUGUGUAAACAAAACGGAGAGUUGACCUUGAGUGCAGCUUGCAUCUGGGAUUGGAAUGGAUACAAAGCCAGCCUCGAUGAGAAAAGUCAAAGUCAAGCCUAUGUUAGCACACGGAGUGCAUCCCAGAAGACGAGAAGAGAAAUGGAAGAGAGGGGAAGCAUCGGAAGGGACCGAGGGCAGCAGCAGGACGGGAAUGGGAGGGCCGUGGCCAUCGCCGACGGCGACGUGAUAGAGAUGGAGGCAGCGGCAGCGUCGACGGUCGCUUCUUCUGGGCAACAAGGCGAUGAUGCGGCCGGCGGCGUCCACGUCCAGGGGCCUAGGUGGAAGAGAUUUCUAGCAUACGUUGGACCAGGAUUUCUCAUCUCCAUGGCUUACCUGGAUCCUAGCAACUUGCAAACUGAUUUGCAGGCUGGAUACAGUCACAGAUAUGAGUUAUUAUGGGUACUCUUAUUAGGGUUCAUCUUUGUGUUGAUUAUACAGUCGUUGGCAGCGAAGCUUGGCAUCGUUACAGGAAGGCACCUCGCGGAGCUGUGUAUGAGUGAAUACCCCAAGCCUGUCAGGUACGGCCUAUGGUUUUUCGCCGAGCUAGGUGUGAUUGCUGCCACUAUACCAGGAGUUCUUGGAACUGCUUUAGCAUACAACAUGGUGCUUGAUCUUCCUUUCUGGGCUGGUGUACUGAUUUGUGCAGCAACUGUUAUACUGCUUCUCGGAUUACAAAGCUAUGGGGUCCGGAAAUUGGAGUUCAUGAUUGCAGUGUUUAUGCUCAUCAUGGCCUCUUGCUUCUUUAUAGAGCUGAGCCAUGUCAAUCCUCCAAUGAAUGAGUUAAUUGAAGGGUUAUUUAUCCCAAGACUUAAAGGACAUUAUGCUAUCUCAGAUGCAGUCGCACUGAUCAGUGCCCUUGUUGUACCGCACAAUCUCUUCCUACAUUCUUCUCUUGUUUCAUCAAGAAAAUUACCAUCAUCCUCUGAAGCAGUUAAGGAUGCAUCUGUGUUCUUCUUGCUAGAGAAUGCAUUCGCUUUGUUUCUUGCGCUCGUCAUAAAUGUUGCCAUUGUAUCACUCUCUGGAACUAUAUGUGCUGAUAAUCUUUCACUGGAUGAUACGAACACAUGCAGCAGUCUCACUUUAAAGUCAGCAUCCGUACUAUUCAAGAAUAUUUUGGGACGAUCAAGAUCAAUUUUUUAUGGUUUGGCAUUAUUAGCUUCUGGACAAAGCUGUGCAGUGGUUACCACCUACUCUGGGCAAUACAUUAUGCAGGGAUUCUCAGGGAUGAGGGUAUUCAUCAUAUACCUUUUUGCUCCCUGUCUCACCAUGGUGCCUACUUUGAUAAUUUGCGGCAUUGGUGGUGCUUUACGAGUUCGUCAACUUAUCAAUAUAGCAGCGGUCAUAUUGUCGUUUGUGCUGCCAUUUGCUCUCGUUCCUCUCCUCAAAUUCAGUAGCUGUUGCUCAAUGAUAGGACCAUACAAGAACUCAACAUGGAUCACGAGAAUAUCAUGGAUCCUGUCGUUGGUGAUCAUCGGCAUCAAUACUUAUUUCUUUUGUACUAGCUUCGUCAGUUGGCUUGUAUAUAGUGACCUACCAAGAUUUGCUAAAGCAAUAAUUAGCACCCUCGUCUUCCCUUUCAUGGCGGCCUAUAUUGCAGCGGUCAUUUACUUGGCUUUCAGAAAAGUUAGUACUAAUGCCGUACUCCCCUCCAGUUCAGUUUCUUGUGAGAUUGAAGUGGCAGAUGUGCCAAGACAAGACAACAAGGAUGAAGUUUUGGCUCUACAUUGCUAGAUUGAAAGAUUGGAUCCAGACCUUGUUUUGGAGACGGUAAUAUCUCGAUUUCUUCAAGAAUGAAGCCGUUUUCGGUGCAAUUAGUGCGAUCCAAAAAGUCCCUUGUAACUCUUCGAUGAACAAAGCAUCAACUAGUUCAUGUAUAGCAUAUCAUCACUCAAUGGAUGGCAUAUAUAGUGGGAAAUCAAUUACUGGUCUUUUAGUUACUCAAUUGUUUGUCAUGCACGUUCAAAUAGGCACCUAAUAUAAGGUAUUUCUUGUGAUGGCCUACUUGUGCAUAUAUUGUAUACUGAAAACUGCUAUAUGGUCUCUUCAGAAAUA